CAACGUGAAUACAAACUAAGAGACAGCUGCUGUAGAAUAAUAUGCAUCUAUUUCAUCAGCGCGUACGAGCCACACAAGUAUUUUAAGGUUAUUAGAGUGUAUUUAUUUUAUGACAUGUAUGUCAUAAAGUAUUGUAUCCACAUGGCUUAGCAAUCAUAAGUAAUGCAAGUAAAGUGAUAUGUUUGGUUCAUCACAGUGUAACCAUUGAUACCAUUGCCACACUUCAUCCUCGCAGGGUCAGUGCAGAUCUCACAUCAUAUUUCAUCAUCAUUACCCAUUCUUAGCUGAUAAACCCAGACGCAGGGCUGGGCUGUUCUUUACAUUGGAAACGUUAGUUACAUACAGCAAUGGAUUUAAGAUCUCCUGACUAAUACAACAUAAGAAAGUUACCUGAAUUGCAGCUAGAGGUUUUUUUUUGUUGUUGUUAUACUGCUGCCGUUGUAGCUAUGAACGGGAAGACGGUUUGGGAGAGGUUCUCACCUAUGAUUACGAUCGUCUUAAUUGUAUGGUUUUCACAGCUAUCAGCUGCUCAGAGCUCUUGUGAAAGUCGCUGUGGCCAGCGCUCCGGGGAUUGCUCUUGCCAGGCUACCUGUGAGUCUCUGAAGGAGUGCUGUGCAGAUUAUCGACAGUUCUGCCUGCAGAUCUCUCCACACUCUGGAACUCUCCUGGGCGGGGCUCAUUUUGUCAUCUUGAACACAACCUUUGAUCCUGCCUCGAAACUUGUCUGCAGGUUUAAUUCUGAGAUCGACACACAGGGAUAUGUUGAUAGUGGAAACAGAGGUCAUUGUGUUUCACCGUUACUGUAUGAAAGUGGUUGGAUUCCCUUUGAAGUGUCAACAGAUAAUGAAGCAACAUUUAACCGGCAUGGCACAUGGCUCGCAGUGAGUGCCGAAUUUAAAAUCACUCUUCACAAUGCAACAAAGUGGCAAUACUAUGGGACACCCAAUACUGGAGGGUCCCUGACCAUGAGCUGGAACGCCUCCUUACUGACAGCUGCGGCUGUCAACGUUGAGCUCUGGGGUUACAGAGAAACAGGUGAGGCCUAUUCAGACUCCUGGAACCCAGAACUGAGAUUUUUAUACUCCCUGGGAAAAGCUGUUCCCAACAGUGGCUCCUUUACCUUCGUCCCCCGCUGUGCUGAGAAACCCUUCUCGGACUGGGAAAUCGGAGCAUUAAGAGUUAGCCCCAGUAUGAAGGACGAGGGGGACCGGGAUGUUGUAGCUCUCUGGACUGGAGUACAUGCGCUGGCCUGGCACCUGGAGGAGAAGUUCAGGAAAGACUCGGCCGCCUGGGCGUAUGACAAGUGCAUUAGCUGGCAUGAAACUGAGCAGGACCUGCCGGAGUUCCUGUCCGAGAUAGCCGACUGCCCAUGUACCCUGGCCCAGUCCAGAGCUGACACGGGCAGGUUUCAUACGGACUAUGGGUGUGAUAUUGAGAAGGGAAGUGUGUGUACUUACCAUCCUGGAUCUGUGCACUGCGUGAGGGCAAUCCAGGCCAGUCCUAAGUAUGGAGCAGGGCAGCAGUGUUGCUAUGACCACACAGGGGCCCAGGUGUUGACAGCAGACUCCAUUGGAGGAAGCACUCCAGACAGAGGGCACGACUGGGGUUCCCCUCCGUACAGAAAGCCCCCCCGAGUUCCCGGGGUGUCCCACUGGCUGUACGACGUCAUCACGUUCUACUACUGCUGCCUCUGGUCUGACAACUGUCACUACUACUUCACCCACCGUCCGUCCAGCGACUGCAGGACCUACAGGCCCCCCAGAGUCGGCAUGGUAUUCGGAGACCCCCAUUUCAUAACAUUGGAUGGCUCUACUUAUACCUUCAAUGGGAAAGGCGAGUACUACCUACUGAAUACAACCUACAAAGCCCUGACUGUUCAAGUGAGGACUGAGCCCGUGUCAUUGGAGAAUGGGAGUUUAGCCAAGGCCACCAGGCUGUCAGCAGUGGCCAUGCAAGAGAGUGGCUCUGACGUGAUAGAGGUGCGCACGACCCGUCUCCCUGACCAUUUGGAGGUGUUGAGAAACCAGCAAGUUCUCAGCUUCUCUGAGCAGAGCUGGAUGGACCUGAAAGGAGUGUUCCUUUACUCCUCCGUCCGGGGGAACGUCUCGGUGAUGUUCCCGUCAGGAGCGGGGGUGGAAGUGCGAGGGAGGGGAGGGCUGAUGACAGUGAGCGUUCUGCUCCCGGAGGAGUUCCUGAAUCACACCUCUGGCCUCCUCGGCUCUAUGAACAACGAUCCCCAAGAUGAUUUUGUGUUCAAAAACGGAAGUGUCCUGUUCAGGGAUUCCAGCCCGGAGGAUCUGUUUGUUUUUGGGGCAGACUGGGCUAUCUCUAAUGAAACAUCCCUCUUCACCUACGACACCGCUGACCUGCUGAAUACAUACUUCUAUGCCGAAAAGCACGACCCUGCCUUUGUUCCUGUUUAUUCUGUGAUUGAAAACCCAGACGACCCCUUGUAUGGGGAGAUGUCUAAACUCUGUGGUCAGGACCCAUUCUGCAAGUUUGAUACAAUGACCACGAAGAAUCUCGCCAUGGGGAACGCAACCAAAAUCUCCUUCCAGAGCCACAUGUCCUUGGUAAAGGAUCUAGAACCAGUGUUGUCCUGUGGCUGGCUUGCUCCUCCUACGAAGGGGAAGAAGGAGGGCACGACAUACCUGGCUGGAUCAACCGUGAACUUUACCUGCAACAAAGGCUACGUCCUCACCGGGUCUGCCGAGCAAACCUGCCUGUCCACUGGCAUGUGGUCGGGCAACACCCCCCAAUGUGUCUCAGGAAUCCCAGAGAGAGUGGUUUAUACACCCCAGAAGCUUACUUUCAAAGUCGGUUGAAUGAAUCAAGUCAAACCCCUUCCGCCAUGCAGCUGAAAAUCUUCAGUCCGAAGAAAGACUGCGGUACACCUUGAUGAAAAACAAAGAAAACCCAAUUACUUGGUUUUGUCUAUGAUAUACAGCAGUCUCCGGCUAAGACAACACCCCUCAGGAAGCAAACAAAGUGUUCUUAUAGCCGAAGUGUUCUCUAAGAUGGAGUUAGGCACCAGACACAAUACGAAUCACUCAAUAAAUAAAUACAUAUGUAUUACUUGUCGUGACGCACGUGCAUCAACAUAUGAAAUGAACUGAAUAAGUAAAAGCAAAAUAGGCAAGUUUAUAUUGCUGCUCCAGCUCAUCCAGAACUCUGCUGCCCACCUGGUGUUCUCUCAGCCUCGCUUCGCCCACGCUACUCCACUACUCCACUACUCCGCUCACUCCACUGGCUCCCGAUCACUGCUCGCAUCCAGUUCAAGACUCUUGUACUAGCCUACAGAUGCCUUGACCAGACUGCACCCAGCUACCUCCAGACCCUCAUCUCUCCCUACACCCCCACUCGACCUCUCCGCUCUGCCUGCACUAGAAGACUGGCUCUACCUCCGCUACUCUCCCCUGCCUCCAGAGCCCGCUCCUUCUCCACCCUUGCUCCGCAGUGGUGGAACGACCUUCCUACAGAUGUCAGGACUGCCCAGUCCCUGACCACAUUCCGGCACCUCCUUAAGACUCACCUCUUCAAACAGCACCUGUAGAACUCCUCUGUUUGUAUCCUGGGACACUAUCACCCUUCAUUUAAAUGUGCUUUAUUUUGCUCUUAUCUGCCCCCUAUUUUACUGCAUUUAAUCCUGUACUUCAGAAUACUUUAAUCUGCCACGUGUUUACCCUGUAGUAUUUUGUAUUUAAUCAUAUCCUGAUGUAACUAUCACUAUUUAAUCAUAUCCUGAUGUAACUAUCACUAUUUAAUCAUAUCCUGAUGUAACUAUCACUAUUAUCUGCUGUAUUAUUGAAUUGUGUUUAGUCACACUUGUACUUUGCUUGAACAAAAGUUAUUGUAUUUCUUGCUCUUAUUGUAUUACUUGUAUUGUAACACUUGAAAUGUAUUUGCUUACGAUUGUAAGUCGCCCUGGAUAAGGGCGUCUGCUAAGAAAUAAAUAAUAAUAAUAAUAAUAAUAAUAAUAAUAAUAAUAAUAAUAAUAAUAAUAAUAAUAAUAAUAUGUUAAUAAACUAUAAUAAUAAAGUAACACACAAGCUAACAUUAAUAAAACUAAAGCAAAACAACAUGGUCAAAAAGCUUCAGUUGCCAUGUACUAUGAAAUUAGCUGCCAGGUGUGUUUAAUAAACUGUCAAACUAAAUUAACACAGCCCCCCUACACACAUUAUAAAAUGCAGCAGCAAUAUACAAGACAUGUACAUUAUUUAACAGAACGGAGAAGCAACUCUCCAGAACAGGAAACACCAAAUUGCUCGGCGACUUGUGUCUGAUUCAGGUUUUUUUCAAGAGCUCUAAAAAUGUCCAACUUUGUGUAGCAAGAGAAACAACGGCGCAUUUUGCUGUUUGUUUACAUGCCAUUUUAUAGCGAUGAGGAGCUCUCGUGGAAAUCAGAAUACAAAACAAUUCAAUGAUAUGACAGCGGUUCUGGAAAGAUUGAAUAAACCAGUCAGUGUCCCUCAAGACACUCUCGCUAUGACAAGUCGCUUUUUUACAAAACCGUACUGUAUCCAUUGUGAAUGAAUCGCUAUCGGUGCCAAGAAGGUGUUCUUUUAAGCAAAGUUCCUGUUCCUUUAGCCGGAGCAUUUACAAUGGGAAAAAUCCAUUACACCAUAAGGGUGUUCCCUUAGGCAAAGUGUUCUCUUAGGAGGUGUUCCUGUACGCUGAGACUACUGUAGUAGCCUUUGCCUAAUAAUGGCAUGUUGGCCUAUGCAAUACAUUAUGGUCAAAUUAUUUGCAGCCCAGACUAUGAACUUGACUGAAAUUGUAAUAAUGGUAUUGUCCAUGUAUGACACAAUGUGAAACCUCACAUGUCAACGAAACUUAAUCACGAUGCCUGUGUGCAAGCUGUGCAUCAAUGUUGAUUUAAAGUACAGCACAGCAGCUGGUACAAUAUGAAUGGCUCUUGAUGGAUCGUUGCUAUUAUACAGCUGCACACAUCUCCUGUUUCCAUUUGAAAGCUGUUUGGAGAAAAUGGGUUAAUUGCUCGUAAUUGUGUUUUGGUUCAGUAUAUGUUAAAAUAACACAAACCAUAUUUAGGUUGCUCUAUCCAGAACACCCACCUGGAUGAGGGCCCUUGCUCCAAUCCCUGCAAGUGAAAGGAGGGUUCUGAAUCAAUCCAGUCGUGUGAACAACAGGAGGCAUUAACUGCAUGUCACUCGUUGUUUCUUAUAAAUAGAUGGGGUGAUGAGUGGUGAUUUAUUGUGGAAGUAUGAGGCUGUUUCUAAUGAAAUCACUUUUGUUUGAAGCCGUACAAAAAAAAUCUUUUUAAAGAUCUAACUGGCAGCUUUCAUAAAUACUGCCGCCUUUAACUUUUUUGUGAACUUUUUAAACUUUUUUAUGCACAUGGAUAUAAGGAAUAGUGUGCAAAUAUCUUAAUAAGAAGCAGCGAAGCAUGAUACAUACAGAACACACUGGCAUGUGAAGCUGGCUUUACCUGGCAUUCAUGAUACAUACAGAACACACUGCCAUGUGAAGCUGUCUUUACCUGUCAUUCAUGAUACAUACAGAACACACUGCCAUGUGAAGCUGGCUUUACCUGUCAUUCAUGAUACAUACAGAACACACUGGCAUGUGAAGCUGGCUUUACCUGUCAUUUAUGUUCAGCCCCUUCUCAUUUCAAUCACGCUCAUUCAAAUAGUUUUGAAACCUGAAGAAGUUUGAAUGCAGCUGUCAAUGAAUGGUGUUUGCAAAAUGUUUUCUAUCCUGAUCAGUAUUUACAAUAUCAAUAAAACCUGUAGAGAUGUUUAAUACUGUGUUGAUGGCUUUAUGAAAUUCCAGUUUUAAGUAACUGAAAGGUUGCAGCAUUAUUAUUAUUAUUAUUAUUAUUAUUAUUAUUAUUAUUAUUAUUAUUAUUAUUAUUAUUAUUAUUAUUGAAAAGCUUUGAAAACAGCCAUACAAUUGUCCAAGCAUAUAGUCCUUCAGUCAUGAGAGGAGUGUACAGUGUGUGAGUCUAUGUGGAUACACUAUAAUAGGGUGCAAGGUAGUAUUCUAUAGGGAUAUAUUUCUUUUUUAUUUUUGUCUUGGAAUGGGAUGCAUUUUAACACGAGUUGCAUAUUGUUCGGUAUUUCAAAGAAAACAAUAAAAUUCAAAUAAAUAAAUGCAACCCUCAUUCCCAGCUGCUCUCUUAAAGCGAUACCUUGCUAAGAAUGUUGUUUCCAGUAACUGGGAGAACAGUGUCACACUUGUAUGGUAUUCAUCCGUCCACUACCAGAACAAAACUACAGUUGUGUUUUUUUUUCUUCUCUUUUUCCAUGCGUUUGGAACAUUAACCCAGAUAUUGCCUUAUCCCUCCCUGCAGCUGGAUGAAUGCACGGCGCUAUGUCUUUACCUUAUCCUUUCUCAAUAUCUGCAAUGCAUUACACGGUUAUUUUGCAAACUGCCACAGAGGGAAACAAUAAAAUGUUUUUCUACACUUGCAGUAUAUCAUUAAUAUCCAUCCAUGUUUGUGCUAUCCAGAUAACUACUGUAGCAGUAUAACGUGUAGUCUUCAUGGAAACUAGAAGGAGGGGUGUGGGAGAAGAAUCCAAUGGGGAUAGAAUGCCAUCAUUUAGAGAACAUUUCCCGGAAUGCAUUUUCUUUGUGAGGUCAAGAACUGGAAAUUCUAUGGGACACCAGUCUGUCUGGACCACAACAUUGGUUGAUGGUCUUGGGAGAACGAGCAUGGCUAUACAUUGCUUUGGAAAGAGAAAACAGACUGUGGAAAAUGAACCCCUAAUAGAACAGAGAGACAGAUUCACUAAGUGCUGGCUUCAGUGCAAAGCUUGCUCACAAAAAAAGAAUCUGUUUUAUUUGACUAGCUGCAUGUAGCAGCCUUUUAAGUUUAUUUUUUAAAUAAAUACUGUGGUUUUUGCACUGAAGCAAAACCUAAAGCCAA